AUGGAGGAAGAUAAACGCAUUGUUUAUUGCAAUCGUGUCCUCCUUGGUAAUUGGUACGAAGCUUCCAAAUUAGAAGAGUAUAAACUCAACAAAUUCCUCGAACAAAUGAAAAAGGGCGAUUUAAUGUUGGCGAGGUAUAGAAAAAUGACUGAGAAUCUUAACAAGCGAACUGUAUUGACUCAAUCUUCUGGUAGUAUUAGCUUUGGAGCUAGAAUAGCCCUCCUCGCACCCCACGUGCCAGCAUCAGAUCCUCCAAUAGAAAACAAGAAGGGAUUGCUUCUUGGAGGUCAUAUAACAUCGAAUGAAAUCAAUUAUUCUCAAGAUCUAGAAGACGGGUGCACAAUAGUAGGAUUACCGGACUUAGAACCGGCAGAAAGAAAUACGUUUAUUAUAACUAGUGCAGAUUAUUGCAAUCGUGAAGAUGAAUCUCUUAAAUAUAAUCAGGAAUUUCUUCUCGCUCUUUCCUCUUCAGUUGCAAAGAAAAAGCCACUUUAUGUUAGAUAUGAUCCAAACCCCAUUCCUGGUCUUUGUGGCAUGUAUCCACUUUACUUUAGCAAGCAUUCUGUAUCCAAUACAAGAUGGCGCAUCUUGCCUGUUCAAAGGCCCGAUAUUACUAGAUUCGAGCAGGAAGGGAAACCAGUGAACGUGUGCGCUCCAUUAAUGAAGACAAGUCUCGAUGUUUAUGGAAAAGAAUUGCCUAAUAAUAUCUGGCAAAUAUAUGUGCCUAUUGCAAGU